AUGAUUUCAGUUCUUUUAUUUGUAGCAGGUAUUUCAAUUGACAAGAAAACAGAAGACGUACAAUUAGCAUUCGGCGAUUAUGCUUUGUAUUGUUUUAUCUCAGUCUCUUUAGUUCUUUUUGCAGGCUUUAUGUCAGGACUAACAGUAGGCCUAAUGGGAAUUGACGAAAAUGACCUUUAUCUAAAAUUAGCAGUCGGUUUUCAAGAAGAAAGAGAACAGGCUAAAAGGCUAUUAUAAAUCAGUUGCUUAAAUUUUCUGAUCGACUCCCACGAGCCAAAGAUGGAUUUCACGCGUGAAAAUCCACAAAUCCCCACGUGGAAACCCAUUUUUGGCUCGUGGGAGCCGAUCAGAAAUAACAUCAAUAAUUAUACCAGUCAUCUCCCAGCACCAUUGGCUUUUAGUUACCCUUUUGCUUUCUAACGCAUUAGCGACUGAAGCUCUUCCUAUUAUCCUUGGCUAUAUGACUUGUGGAAUCAUUGCUGUUAUUUUAAGCACUUUCUUGAUUUUUAUAUUUGGAGAAGUCCUACCUAUGUCAAUCCUGACUGGACCUAAAAAAUUUUACCUUGCCAGUAAAUCCGUUCCAAUAGUAAAAAUCCUUAUGUACAUUUUUUACCCUAUCAGUAAGCCUUCUGCUUGGCUAUUAGAUUGAUGAUUAGGCUUGAAUCACAGCAAAAGCUUAGACAAUGACCAUUUAAAAUCCAUUAUCAGACUAAAUUCAAGCUCAUCUUAUAGAGAUUCUUUUAUUCCAGGCCAAAUUAAUAUAAUUAACGGCGCAAUUGAUAUGAAGAAAAAAUUAGUGAAGUCUUAUAUGAUUGAUAUUAAUAAAGCCUAUUGCUUGUCCUCAGAUUUAGUAUUGACGAGGAAUACUUUGAAAAAUAUUACAGGGCAAGGGUAUUCAAGGGUCCCUGUUUUUUAUAAAAAUAAUCCCCAGGAAAUUAUGGGAGUUUUAUUGAUGAAAAAUUUAGUAGGGGUUGAUGAAAAUUGUACUAUAGAAAAUUCUGGGGUAAAAUUAAAGCGGGUUAUGCUUGUGGGGCAAGAAGCCACGAUUUUAGAGGUUUUUAAUAUGUUUCAGAAGCAGAAUAGGCAUAUGGCGUUUGUGACUGAAAGUGAUGGUAAAAGAAUUAUUGGGAUAAUUACUAUGGAAGAUGUUUUGGAGUCAACGCUAAAUAGAAAAUUUAGAUAA